AUGUCGCUACAGACAAUCAACGCACCGACUUCUUCUGCGGUGGUGGCUUCUAAAGGUGCUACCAGCGAGCAGACAACAGCACCCAACGUGCCUCAGCAACCGACACCACCAGACCCGUUAAAUCCAGAGGCAGAAGCACAGACCCCGGAGGCGAAUGUGACCCGUCUGCCGCCAAUUGAGGUGAUGGAUGAAGAAUCCAAUCAACAAAUACUCGGCGCAAAAGCCGCACUUGUCGCCUCUACGCGUAAAAACCUGACGAUCGAAUUUUCCGAGGAUCGUAGUUCGUACUACUACAGCGGUAGCAAUCGCGGCAGGAAUGUCACAGGGCAGUGUUAUGUUACCACGAAGCGAUACGGCGACGAUCCGCUCCCAUUCAUCAAUUUUAGUCGACAGACGGGACCAGAGAUGCUUGCGUUUCUGUUCGGUUCCGAACCCAUAAAACAGAUGGUUGCAAAGAUAAAACGGAGGGAUGCCGCAAGAAGACGCAGAAUGGGGGCACAAGGCGGACGCAAAGCCUCUGCAAAAGCCACUUACACAAUUGCUUCAAUCGCAGGAAUUACGGUGACGGAGGACACGCUCUAUUUAGUCCUCUACGGGGAUAUGGAAUUAACACCCAACGGGUGGAUACGAACCGGCGGACUGCGAUGCACUUUCAAACGAAUCGAAUAA